GGGAAUGUAAGUGUUAUCUUGCAGAGAUACACAUUGCGUUGAGGUUGAUAGUUUAAUGAUCCUGAUGAGCCACGGUUCUAAACUAUAAAGCUUGUCAGUGUGUUUUAAACGAGGCUUUGGCGAUGCCUUACCACCACUACAAACUGAAGGUGAAAUGUGCGGAGUUCCCAAAGUGCCACAUUACCCAGUAGGAUCCCCGCAGGAUCUUGUGUUGGACUUACAUGCAAUAACAGCUGAAUCAUACAAUCGGGAUUAACUCUUGUUAAAAUGUCUGUCCGUCUGGUGGAUCUAGCGGCGAUAAAGAUCGCUGCGAAUCGUCGUAGAAAGGUGGACAUGCCUUUGAGUGGCCGAGGAAAAUGGCGCCGUCGAGGAGGCUCGUAUCGUCACAGUUUCAUCUCCAACGCCUCUCAGGAAUCAGCAAAAACGUUUGCGGACGCGGAGGAAGAGUUUAUCCACGCCGCGGAGUUUGGUGACAUUCCCAAUGUGAAGAAGUUGCUGUCUGAGUAUCCGGAACUCAACCCUGACUGCAUUGAUGCCUUGGGCAGGACGGCCUUACGUCUAGCCGUCAAGAACGAGCACCUUGAGGUGGUAGAGGUGCUACUGGACCGGUCCAACCAGCAGCACAUAUACGAGGCGGUUCUCCAGGCCAUCAGCGCCGGACAUGUCCAGAUAGCCGAGACGAUCCUCAAGCACAAGCGGUAUGUAGACAUGUGGCGGGAGAGAAGGAAACUAGGCGACCAGGAAGGUUUCUACAAGACAGCGAACGCUGAGUCUCAGUUCUCCCCGGACAUCACGCCCUUGAUGCUUGCCUCCCAGAAGAAUCAGUACGAAAUAGUCCAGUUGCUCCUCUUGAGAGACGAGAGGAUCCAGAAGCCUCACAAGUACAGCUGUGGGUGCAAUGAAUGUGACAACAAAAUGAGGUUCGAUCAGCUCCGGCUAGCGAAAUACAGGCUGAACGCUUACAGAGGCUUGUCGAGUGAGGCGUAUAUCUCCCUCUCAAGUAAAGAUCCUAUUCUCACGGCGUUCGAGUUGGCGGCCGAGCUGAGGAAGUUAUCUAAACUUGAAAAGCAUUUUAAGUUGGAGUACCGACAAUUGGCCGACCAACUCAGUGAAUAUGUUGUCAAACUACUCGACCGGAUUCGAACCCAGGAAGAGCUGGACCUCAUCCUGAACAAAACCGGGGACCACACUACAGAAGCGUACGAGAACAUGGCGAGAUUUCAGCUAGCCCUCGACUACAAGGAAAAGAGGUUCGUAGCUCACCCUAACUGCCAGCAGCGACUUGUGCAUAUGUGGUACCAUGGCUUGAGAUCGUGGGAAGGCAGCGGCAGUGUCCGACGCCUUGCCAUUGUCUGCAUGUUCAUCCUCGCCUACCCAUUCCUCGUCUUAAUGUCUCUAGUGUAUCCCACCGGAAAGUUUGCCAGGGUCCUCCUGUAUCCCUUUGUGAAGUUUCUCACUCACUCGUUCUCCCAACUCGUGUUCCUGGUGAUUAUCGUGGUGUCCACGGCAGAGUCGUCCUACACAAUUUCCAACGAGAAGACGCUCAAAACGCUUUAUCCAGUCGACUUCCGGCGGUAUCACGAAUUCCGGAAUUUGACGAAGAAAGAAUUGUUCGACAUCGACUUUCCUCUGAGGUCGUAUGCGCCCACGGUGACUCAAGUGCUGUUGACGCUUUGGAUUUUAGGUUUUACAUGCGUCGAAUGCAGCCAGAUAUACGUGACAGGCCUCAUCGUACAUGUGAAGAAUUUAUUCAACUUGUUAGAUUUCAUGGUUCUUUCAACUUACUCUGGUGCCUUUACUCUUACCUACUUCACAAUGAUCAAGUUCCACUUAGCCGUGGACUAUAUUGCUAAAGCCAAUCUGACCGCCGAUAUAGAGACAACCCACAGCAGUCUGUACUGGCUCAAUGCAGACCGGAUGUACUGGAACGUGUACGACCCCAUCAAUUUAGCGGAAGGCAUGUUUGCUGUGGGGAAUAUUCUAAGCUUUUCUCGCAUCUCGUACCUUCUCCCCGCCAACGAGACUCUCGGGCCCUUACAGAUUUCCCUUGGCAGGAUGAUAAAGGACAUUCUGAAGUUCUUGGCCCUGUUCUCAGUAGUGAUCCUGGCUUUCAUGGUCGGCCUGCAUAACCUGUAUUGGUACUACAGCUCCCGUCACGACAUUGAGGUGGUGCAGCGCAAUUUUACCGUCAAUGCCGAGAAGAGUUUUGGAGAUGUAAUGGCGACUUUCCGAACUGUCUUCUGGUCCCUGUUUGGUCGAGGGGAACCCGGGGCAGUACAACUAGGUGAAUACAACCAUACGUUGACCCAGGAUAUCGGCUACUUCAUCUACGGCAGCUACAACAUCGCCAUGGUCACCGUUCUGCUCAACAUGCUCAUCGCUAUGAUGACUAGAUCAUUCACUAAUAUUGCGGAAGAUGCAGAUGUUCAGUGGAAGUUUGCGAGAAGUCUCCUGUACAUGGACUAUAUCCUUGACGUCUUCACUCUCCCAGUUCCUCUCAAUCUCCUGCAGGUCCCAAGAAGCAUCUUCACGUCCAUCUUCUGUCCAUGUAAAUGCUCGUCAGACAAAGGCACCAUGAAAAGAUCAAGGUUUCAAAAUGACGCAGUAGAUUUAGGGACGCCGAACCCUGUAUGUGACGCUACUGCAGUAGAGAUGCAUGAAGGUAAUGCACGGAAUGGCUUGGAAGGAAAUGCUUCAAGCGUCGCUGAUGACGUCAUGUCACAGGGCAACAAAGAAGAGCUCUCUUAUCAGAAGGUCAUUCAGAGAAUCAUACAGCGCUACAUCUUCGAUAUCCAAAGAGAAGCUGAAGUUACGGAAGAUGACUUCGAAGAGAUCAAGCAGGACAUAUCCAGCUUCAGAUACGAAAUGUUAAACCAAUGGCGGACGCGAGAGACAGUCCAAAAUGAUAUGGCCAUCAAUAUCAGCGCCAUCAACAAACACUUGGAUGUGCUGAAGCACGGCAAGCGAGCGCGGGACAGUAUUACAGAAAACACGGAGGGCUAAGGUUGUGAAUAAUCUCGACACUGUUACUGCAAUGUGCGCUCAUCAUUCUUGUGAUUGGUCGUCAUGUUUAGUGCAUGAUGUUAUUGAAGAGAUCUGUUAGAGGACGAUGUGAAUAGGAAUACUAGCAAGAAAAUGGUAACCUAUUGCAGAAAUGCGUAAAGGGUGAAAUGGUUGAUAGAAAACUGUUAUUGUUUGCAGGAGGGAAGGUGUCCCCCUUCCUGCGUUGACCAGUGGUGUAUGAACCCUACAUUGAAAUGUGAAUCCCUUGCCAUAUAUUGUGAUGUUUGCCUUAUACACGUUUAUCAAAUAUGCAAAUGUAUCUGUGGUGUAAGCUUGCUCUGAAGGUAGAAAGUAAACCUGCAUGUAUACUAACCCCAGUCAGUGUCGUAAUUAACUGGUGACAGACGGCGUCGUGCACUUUCACAAGCUUCUUCAAGAAUUGCAAGGACAUUAUUUGCGUCAGAAACUACUAACAUCUUUUCGUUUGAUAUGUUCAAAAACAGUUUUUUUUGUUUCAAGUAUCUAGAUGAAAAACAUUAAGCAUUUGUUUCCCAGUCCGCUUCCUCCGAUAUUAACGACCCAUCAUGUAGGUGCAUGUGCAGAAAUUAUAAAAUUAUAUAACAGAUUUAAGUAAUUAUACAUUAAAAAAACAGUACGUCUACUAAUUCAUUGAUAUCUUUUUCUCUUUGGGGCAAAAUAACUUCUUUCAAAAACUAUGCCAUCAAUAUGCCCAACACACAAGUGAAAAAUGGUUGGUCGCUGAAUUUUUAUUUUUUUUCAGAAUACUACAUUCACUUUAAUUGUUUUCAUAAAACACUUAAAUGCACGAAAUAACACCCCAGGGGAUGGUGAACUUGGUUCCCAGAACACUGCAGGAUGCAACUGAUUUUAUUGUUAAUGUGGGAAUUAAGGGUACGUUUGCGUUGGUGGCCUGUUUAUAAAAUCUAGAAGAAAGUGAACAGAGCGCAUAUACAAAUAUUGUCCAUAAACGUAUUCUAUAUAUGUGUCACGUGUGACGUAUUUGUUUGCCUUUACUGGUGAUGUUAUACACAUGAUGUUUGUUUGGUGAUUUGUUAUGUUUUAUAUCAUCCGCUUGCGAGAUUACAUACUCCCAAACCAAAGAUAUAAAGAUGUUGGUUUUUUUAAUUACCCUUAACCUCUUUUACCUUUCAAACGUACAACAUAUCAAACGACUUUUUAACACACAUUACUAUACUCUAUAGCCUCCGGUUCUCCCGUCCUUACAAUCAAGUAACACAAGGCAUGUACAUCACAACGUAAAUACGUCAGUGAUAAAUUAAAAAAAUAUCUGGUUUUGUAGCUGUAAUUGAAAAAUAUUCUAGUCCCCACUCCUGAAAAUCAAAUGGUUGGUCCCUUUAAUUUGUCGUAGGCAUGACGUGUUGUAAAAUAACCCAGUUUGUGUCGGACAUUGUGUUUUGCUGGUUAAUAUUUAUAUAUUUCUACCCACUACGUGAAUAUGUGAUAGCUGUCAUUUGCUCAAAUUGUGAAUAUUAGACGUUAUUGCAAGCGUAUUUCUUUUCAGACGAACAGGCCAGCGGGCCUUUCCCUAUUCCUGCCGGAUGAAUUCUAUUUUUGUAUGACUAACGAUUUAUUAAGUGCCUAAUUAAUGAUAAGACAAGAAAAUGAAAAGCAUUUAUGAAAUCUGAAACCAAAUUUGUAUGUCAUGUUUGUUAAACAAUAGUUAUUCGUCUUCCUUCCACAGUUGAUAUGUAUGUAUAUAUGUGCUUAGAACUCAAACUAGGCAUUAUAUCUACCCAUGACGUCAGCUCUGGUCUUUUUUUAAGCAUGCAGUUUAGAAAACUGUCGAAGAUGUCGAAUAAUCGACUAUAACGACAUGUAUUUUCUUGGAAACUAUCGCCCUUGUUCAUGUGGAUAACGAUUUGUAAUAUGUUUCUUGUGCUUAUGUUUGUAAAUAGUUCUUACAGUUAUCAACCUGCCUUUGCUUAUUUCGUAUGCUCAGAACUAUCGACACACCAUUUCCUUGUCGAAAGUAAUGUUAUCCAGACAAUUCAUUGAUGAUACAUCAUUCAAUGACGUUCUAAUGAUUUGUACACUACCCAUCUUUCAUUUGUAAUGUAUCGUGCGAAACCCUCUGUCUGAACUGUGCUGUCCCAGAUUGUACCACUUUCAAAGCAGGACUAACAGAAAAAUGAUACAAUAGGGAACAUACCUUUCUGUGAUCUGUGAUUUCUGACAAUAGCCAUCACGUGUAUAUCCAACAAUUGUACAUAUUUGUUUGUUAAUUUAAUAUGACACUAUUUGUUAUGAAAGUUGUUUGCCUUUGUCUCCAGUUAAGACUUUAUACGUUCAAUACGUCUGUGCUCAAGGGAGUGUGCUCCUGUAUUUGUGAUAACAUUAAAUCAUUAAUAAAUCCUUUGCUUAAAUGGAAAUUGAAUAUGACAUCUUUUACUUAUUGCCAACUCCAGACAAAAAAACACAGUCUGAUGCAGGGGUAUAUCAUCUGUUAAUCAGCGUAAAUACAGGUAGUGUAUUUAUAAUUUGUUAAAGACCUGUUCUACAUUUUGGCAAACACAGCAAAGAAACGUACCUGUUUUAUACCAAACUAUCUCAAUGCAAGGUGAAAUAUUGUACAAAUUGUCUCCAAUACAUAAGCGUGUACAGUAUUAUACAUAUAUGUAUAUUUGAACCUUUCAUGCCAAAAGGGGUAUGGGUAGCAUAUUGAUCCAUGAAUAUGGUUUUACGCCGCCUUUAGCAAUAUUCCAACAAUAUCUAGGCGGGGGACACCAGAAAUGGGCUUCACACAGUGUACCCAUGUGUGGAAUUGAACCCGGGUCUUAGGCGUGAUGUGCGAACGCUUUAGCCACUGGGUCACCGCACCGCAACCACAUCAUAAUAAGGAAACAUAAUCUUAUAUAUGUAAUGCACUUGUGUAAAUUUCAUUUUUUAGAUAUUUGUCUAAAGAUUAUAUGAGUAAAUCUUCGUAAGAUAAGAUGAGCCAUGAGUGGUUGUUUUCAUGUUGUUGUUAUGAUCAAGAAGAAGUCGUUUAAAUAAAUAAAUCAAAGGAAAGGGUGGAGUCAUCUAGAAACACAUUUCUCCUAUUACUUCAAAUGUUUUUUGAGCAAAGUUAUUUGUCUUUCAUGUACUAUAACAAUUAUGAAUUUGUUAAAUGUGCACUGCAAAAUAACUUAUACAAUUAUGCCAUGUCUGUUCGGAAGUUUGUAUAUUUCCAAUGUUAAAUAAAUAUGUCAACUUUC